AUGUCAGCACCGGUAUCGCGUUUGGACCGGCAAGUGGUCCUCCUGGAAACGGGAUCCACUCAGGUGGUGCGGAACAUGGCCGCCGAUCAGCUUGGCGAUUUAGCCAAACAGCAUCCCGAAGACACGCUGUCGCUGCUGUCUCGUGUGUAUCCGUUCCUGAUGUCGAAGAAGUGGGAGACACGUACAACAACGGCGCGUGCCGUGGGCGGGAUUGUAUCCAACUCGCCUGCCUGGGACCCGAACGCCGACGACGUCGAGGAUGAGGACCACGGCCAUAGCGGCGGCGAAGCCGCUCUGAAAGUCGAGAGCUCUGGUCCUGUCAGGGCCGAAGAACUGGAAUCCGCAAAAGUAAAGUUAGAACAUGAACUACGGCUCAAAUUGGAAGAGGUGGACGAUACCAAGGAGUGGAAAACGCUUCAAGACGACAGCAAUCUUUUUUCCUUGGCGGAGUGGAGUCUGCAUGGCGUAUUGAAGUCUGGAAGAGUGCUCUUGGCCGCCAGCAUCGAUGACUAUGGCGCUGCAGCGGAUUCCGCCGCAAUGUUGGCAGUUUCGGACCCGUAUGCCAACAAAGUGCCCAAAGUUCAAGGCUCAUCUGUAAAAAGCGAGGGGGCCUUGAACGCGCCGCCGAACGUAGACUUGGCAGCACCAGCGAAGGAGACGUCGGACGCUUCCAAGAAGAGCGCGAGAAUGAUGGCCAUGGCCAAGCGUAAACGCAAAAUUCAGGCUAAGACUACCAUAAAGAAGCCAGUAGAUAUAUCGCAGAGUUCCAUCUCACGCAAUCUCGUUGCACAGGAGGACUCUAGUCAAAGUCCCACCCCGUCACCCACCAUGCUAAGCAAUUCUAAGCUUGAGAUCACAGAGCAGUCGGACUCUAAAAGGAUAAUGGUAGAAAGCAUGGUAAAUCCAAUUUUGGAGAAGCACGAUAGUGUUGCAGGGCUCGUGUGGCAGUUCCAAGGCAUUUACGAACUAUUGUUGGACGGCCUCAUCAAUGAUGCCUGGGAAAUUCGUCAUGCAGCUGCGCUCGGUCUGCGGGAGAUAAUUAAAAAACACGCCAAAAGUGUGGCCAGGAUCAAGGGAAAGUCUAAAGUGGAAAACGAUCGCAGAAAUCGCAGAGCUUUGGAGGACUUGGCAACGCGGCUCUUGACGGUUUUUGCUUUGGACAGAUUUGGGGAUUUCGUAUACGACACGGUGGUUGCUCCAGUUCGAGAAUCAGUGGCGCAGACCUUGGCCGCAUUGUUGGUUCACCUGGACGACGAUUUAAGUAUACAAGUAUUUGGAGCGCUUGAACAGCUGGUGUUGCAAGACCCAAAGACAGUGGGGCUUCCAAACAAAAUUUGGGAGGCUACUCACGGUGGCUUAUUAGGCGUUAGGUAUUUCGUUGGGAUCAAAACUAACUUUCUGUUCCAGAACAAUUUAUUAGACAAUGUGGUUAAUAUUGUCCUUUAUGGCUUGAAAGAGCAUAACGAUGACGUCCAGAGUGUGGCCGCUGCGAUUCUGGCCCCAAUCGCUAUGGAGUUUGUUCAACUGGAGGCAAACAUGAUCGACUUGGUGUUGAGCACUAUAUGGUCUUUGCUGACUCACCUUGAGGACGAUCUAUCGUCAAGCGUCGGGUCCGUGAUGGAUCUCUUAGCAAAGCUCUGUGAGCAACAAAAAGUUUUGGACGUUUUGAAGUCGAAAGCGUUAGCACAUCCUCAAGAGUGGUCUUUCAAAAGCCUUGUUCCUAAGCUGUACCCCUUCUUAAGACAUUCCAUUACAAAUGUAAGGAAGGCUGUUUUGAAUCUUCUCAAGGCUUUUCUCUCGAUUCAAGAUGAUUUUGUUAAGCACUGGAUCAACGGUAAGAUCUUUAGGCUAAUCUUCCAAAACAUACUAUUAGAGCAAAAUCCCCAAGUUCUAGAGUCUUCUUUUGACGUCUACAUCUCUAUGUUGAAUGAGUACCGCAAUAAGAACCCGGAUAAAAGUCUGGAUCACUUAUUCGGCAAGCACUUGGCGCCAAUUUUGCACUUACUGAUAACUCCUAUUGGGGAGCACGGAAAGAGCUAUAACAUGGAAUUGCAAUAUAUUCUGAAACCCUCUCAACAUUACCAGCUUAUUUCCGAGAGAAAAAGAAGUACGCAUGCAGAUCUCAAGUCCGAUAUCCCCCCUCCAGCUAACAGUGAGCGCGUGAAUAUCGAUGCUCCGAUGAUCGCUGGUGACAUUACGCUUUUGGGCACUGAAGUUAUCUUCAACACAAGAGUGCUGGGUGCAAAAGCCCUCGGUAUCACUCUUUCAAUGUUUCAAGAAUCCACACUCAAGUCAUUUUUCGCAAAUGUUCUCCUGGACUGUUUGAAGCUACCUUAUGCGACACCUCGCAUGCUCGUAGCAAUUAUUAUAUCUGAGCUGUGCUCAAACUUAUCAAAUCAGCCGACUGACGACGAUGGUGAAAGAUUGAAAAACUUCAUAGCCGAAGGAUUUGGCCCAAUAUUCAUUGAAAAUCUGACAGACUCAUCUACUUUACCUGUUUUUCGCGAAUUAGUACCGAGCCUCAAGGCCUUAAGGACUCAGUGUCAAAGCUUGCUAUCAACAUACGCUGAUGCUGGUGGUAUUUCCCCGCGAAGGCUACCCCAGCUGGCUAUUAUUGUUCAAGGAGAGUCAGAAGCAGGCCCUGAAGCUUUCGGGAUUGAAACAGCAGAGAAAACAUACGGUGAGACAGCUGAUAAACUAUUCCGGCAUUUAAGCAACUCGCAUAAAAUUCUCGCCAAAAAGCCUAUCGACGAUGCUAAGUAUCGUGUUCUUCAAGCAAUUGAGACAGCUAAAGAGGCUCAAAGGUCACGGGCCUGCAAUGUACUUGCGAACUAUGCUUCUGCAACUUUGCUUUUUGGUGGUCUUCCUGUGAAGUUGAACCCAUUUAUCAGGUCUUUGAUGGAUAGUAUAAAAGAGGAACAUUACGAGAUUUUACAAAGGAGAUCUGGUGACGCUAUCUUAAAUUUGGUAGUGGAAUUGGUAAAACAAUCGAAGGCCAGUGUGGCUAACAAAAUUAUCAAAAACCUAUGUGGAUUUCUGUGCGUUGAUACUUCUGAAGUCCCAGAAUUUGCUCCCAACUCUCAAUAUGCAGAUCGUAUAUUGACGCUAAUCAGAGAGCAAAGUGCAUUGGCUUCCCAAACUGACGUAGAGGCCAAAAAAUUGGCACAGGAAGCACAGGUUAAGCGUAAGGGUGCAAUGUAUACAUUGAGUGAACUUUUUAUUCGCCUCGGAUCAAGUGUUUUAGAAGCUGUGCCACAGGUCAAAGGUAUUAUUUUCGAUCCUUUAGAAGGAUCUGCGCAUGAACAAAAAAUCACUCUAUCCGAUCCUAAAAUGGGCCAGGAAAUUGUCGACGCAUUGGGUGUUCUUAGGGCCUUGGUUGUUUAUAUGAGCAGUGACGUUCAGAGUCAUGAAAUUUUACCUCGUUUACCCAGCCUCGUGGGAUUUUUGAAAUCAGACCUUGCUGUGUUCAGGUACUCAGCUGCGAGAACUCUGGCCGAUCUGGCCAGCACCCUGCCCAUUCAAGUCAUUCCAUUUAUCAUACAACAGGUUUUGCCUUUGACGAGUAACCCGUCAUCGGUGACAGAUAGACAAGGUGCAACAGAGCUGGUGUACCAUCUAGCGCUGUGUAUGGGCAGCAAUAUUCUGCCUUAUGUUGUCUUUCUCAUUGUUCCUCUCUUAGGUCGUAUGAGUGACUCUAACCAGGAUAUCAGAACACUCGCCACUUCUACUUUCGCAUCCAUCAUCAAGCUAGUUCCUCUGGAAGCCGGUAUCCCAGACCCCGAGGGCUUGCCCAAGGAGUUGAUGGAAGGUCGUGAAAAGGAGCGGGACUUUAUACAGCAAAUGAUGGAUCCCUCUAAAGCAAAACCGUUCCAGUGUCCAGUUGCUAUAAAGGCCACUUUAAGAAAGUACCAGCAGGACGGUGUCAACUGGUUGGCCUUCUUAAACCAGUAUCACCUACAUGGCAUUCUUUGUGAUGAUAUGGGUUUGGGUAAAACGCUACAAACAAUUUGCAUUAUUGCCAGUGAUCAGUAUUUGAGAAACGAGGAGUAUGAGAAAACGCAAGCUAGAGAAAUGAGACCGCUGCCUUCCUUAAUUGUCUGCCCUCCAUCCCUGACGGGUCAUUGGGAACAAGAGUUUAUGCAGUAUGCCCCUUUCUUGAAAGUAUUAGUUUUUGCUGGUGGACCUUCAACAAGAUAUCCGCUCAGAAACAAGCUGGCUGAAGCUGACAUUGUUGUCACAUCAUAUGAUGUGGCUAGGAACGAUGUCGAUAUCGUAGGCAAAUAUGACUUCAAUUACUGUGUCCUGGACGAGGGCCAUAUCAUCAAAAAUGCACAAUCCAAGUUAGCUAAAGCAGUCAAGAUGGUAAGAGCUAACCAUAGGUUGAUCUUGACAGGAACACCUAUCCAAAAUAAUGUUGUUGAGCUGUGGUCCUUGUUUGACUUUUUAAUGCCAGGCUUUCUGGGGACAGAAAAAAUGUUUCACGAGAGGUUUGCAAAACCAAUAGCCGCGUCCAGGAACAGUAAGACGUCAUCAAAAGAACAAGAAGCUGGGGCUUUGGCCCUAGAUGCAUUGCAUAAGCAGGUCCUUCCAUUCAUGUUGCGGAGACUCAAAGAAGACGUCUUAUCUGACCUUCCUCCAAAGAUCAUCCAAGACUAUUACUGUGAAUUGAGUGAUUUGCAGAAACAGCUAUACAAAGAUUUCGCAAAGAAACAGAAAACAAAUGUAGAGCAGGAUAUCGAGCAUGUAUCCGAGGUGGAUAACAAACAGCACAUUUUCCAAGCUUUGCAGUAUAUGAGGAAGCUCUGUAACCAUCCGUCACUAGUCCUUUCCAGAAACCAUCCACAAUGGUUCCAGGUCCAAGAAUAUUUGAAGCAAACUGGCUUCAGUUUGGACGACAUAUCCCACGCACCAAAACUAGGUGCCCUGAAAAAUUUACUUUUAGAGUGUGGCAUUGGUACUCAGGACACAGAGAAGAAGACAAAGUUUUCUUUGCCUUCUACAGAGAGUGUCAUUAGCCAGCACCGCGCCCUGAUUUUCUGUCAGUUGAAGGAUAUGCUAGACAUGGUUGAAAAUGACCUCUUCAAGAAAUGCAUGCCUUCCGUAACUUACAUGCGACUUGACGGUAGUAUUGAAUCGCGUGACAGGCAGGCAGUGGUACGCAAGUUCAACGAAGAUCCUUCAAUCGACUGUCUCUUACUGACUACAAAAGUUGGUGGUCUGGGGCUAAAUCUCACGGGAGCUGACACUGUUAUUUUCAUAGAGCAUGACUGGAAUCCUAUGAAUGACCUUCAGGCAAUGGAUAGAGCCCAUCGUUUGGGUCAGAAAAAGGUCGUCAAUGUGUACAGAAUAAUCACCAGAGGUACUCUUGAGGAAAAGAUUAUGGGUCUUCAAAAGUUCAAAAUGAACAUAGCAUCAACGGUCAUAAAUCAACAAAAUUCAGGAUUGGCUUCUAUGGAUACUCAUCAACUACUCGACUUGUUCGACACCGACAAUGUUCCCUCGCAAGAGAAUGAGCCUAAAAAUAAUGACGGCAAGCUUGAUGAAAUCGUCAAUGAAACCGGCUUAACUGGAAAAGCUAAGGAAGCCGUUGGUGAACUUACUGAACUAUGGGACACCAAGCAGUACGAAGAAGAGUACAAUUUGGAUAACUUCAUCAAAACUUUGCGUUGA